CUCAGACUAACGACUUGCCAUGGCUGAAACCACGUUCAGUUCCUUCGCAGUAGUUGGUGCUGGAGGUAGCGUUGGGAAACACAUAGUUGAAAGUCUUAUAGCGAAGAACGUCAACGUCCUCGUCCUUACUCGUCCUUCAUCCUCCUCUGCUCCGUCGGGCCCCCGUGCGAAAGUCGAACGUGUCGAGUACACCGACAUUGUCGGUGUCGCGCGUGUUCUGCAGGAGCACAACGUCGAGGUGCUCAUCUCGGCGCUUCCAUUUGAAGACCUGCCGGCGCAGGAGCCGCUCGCGAAGGCGGCGCUGCAGGCGGGAUGUGUGAGGUUGUUUGUCCCGUCCGAGUACGGAAUGCCGACGGAGGGUGGGGAGGAGGCGAUUUUGCUGCAUAAGGAUCGGUAUACGAAGAUGCUGAAGGAGCUCGGGAUGCCUUCUCUGCGCCUCUAUUCAGGUCUCUUUGCGGAGUGGAUACCGAUCAUAGGCUGCGUCGCGGAGAAGGGCAAGUUCCUGCUCGUCGCAAAAGGCGAUACCCCGAUGUCUGUUACGACCAUGUCCGACGUCGGUGGCUAUCUGGCGCAUAUAAUCACAACGCUGCCUCCGUCUAAGCUCCUCAACACCGUCUUUCGCAUUGAAGGCGACAGGGCUACUCUGAAUGAGUUUGCGGUGCUUUAUGAGAAGGCGGACGUGUCCAUUCAGCACGCAGAGAAGAUCCCGGAGGACGUGAAGGACGCGUUUGUGAGGGAUUAUCUCCAGCAACGCUCGGAUACUGGUGGUGUGAGCACGCGGUGGGAUAUUGUCUCGGGUAGGGAAAUGGAGGGCGAGGAAGGGAAUAUGAAUGGGCUUUGGGAGGGGCAUGUGUGGACGAGUGUUAGGGCCUUGCAUGCGCUGUAAGCUGUAGGUAUGUUUGUGGUGAGGACGUUCUAGCAUGGUAUUAUCUGGUAUGUAUUGUCAAGCGAAGAAAACAAGGAUCGACUAGAGGUCGUUGUAUUUUGGCCUUUUCGCUUAAGUUUUCGACAUCGGUUGCCAUUGUCC